GCUCGAGGCUCUCCCGGCGCGAGGCAAAAGCAAAGCUAACACAAGGCACUUCGUGCACGCGGGCAGCCUUAGAAAGGUCGGGCCAGCCCUCGCGCACCGCGCAGUCCCGCGGGAGCUGCGACGCCGCCGGCGCGGCCUCCAAGAGGCAGCCCUCACCCAGGAGCAACACGCAACAACCAUGUUUUCGGUCGACACCGUGACCCGCUUCCCCGACCAGACGGGCAACGAGGUGCUCGGCCCCGGAAGCUACAACCCGGGAGAAUAUGGUGGUUUUGGCAAUGCCAAGCCGACCACUGCGGGCUUCGGCCACGCCCAGCGCGUCUUUUCUGGGAAUUCCGCGUUGCUCGACGGCCCCUCGCCGGCAGAAUACGUGGUCAAGGACGACCGCAUGUGCUCCAAUGUACCUAUACAAGCGGCUUCGGGACCGAUGCGGUCCAAGACCGCGGGCCGCCAGGACAAAAGACGCAUAGAAGACACGCCGGGACCGGGCGCUUAUCUCAGGAUGGACGUCGACUUCAAGCGGAGGCCCCAGGCGCCGCCGCCGCCUCCAGCGGUCUCCUGGGAAAGGGUGCCGACCGCACCGUCCAUACCAGGGCACCACCAGAGUUUUGGGUACGAGGAAGGGCCUGAUGGGGAGCUCGUCCAGCAGAUGCGCGUCGACGAGGGCUACGACGGGACCAAGAUGUCCAUGCCCGGUCCCAGUGACUAUAGACCGAGACAUGUGAAAGGUGCGCAUGUGCCCAAAGCUGAUUUAGCCCGUACGAGCGGCCACUCGACGUUCGAGCGGCCGGUCGAGAUCGUCCCACCGUUCAACCCCUACGAACACCCGAAGCCGACGGAAUACGUCCAAAGACCAAAUUCUCCCGGGACGCGCGACGGCAAACCGCGGAAAUCCGCGGCCUUUGCGAGCGGCGUCGGUCGUAAUUCUAUCGAUGGCGACCUCGGCGCGGGCCUGAAGAAGCCCUCUCCAGGCCCAGGAAGCUAUGAGAUCGCCGCGUCGGAUGCCUCCCAGGCGCCGGGCCGGAAGGGCACCUACUUCUCGCACGGCGGUUCGCGCUUCGACAACUCGUUCUCCGGUGGGAGAUACACAUCACCAGGACCGGGCCAGUACGUAGGACAAUCAAAUGCAUUUGAACAACGGACGCGGAGACGUUCUCGUCAUUUAGGACCCGCGAGAACGGGCUUUGGCUGCGGAGGUCGCACGGACUGGACGCGAGGGAGCCACGGGGCCGGCCCUGGAGCUUACGAGCCGGCGAACGGUGUGAUCGACGAGAUGCGGCGACGCGUGUCGUCCAGGACCGGUGCGUUUGGCACGUCCCAAACUAGAUUUCAAGUGGCCAAAGAGCGAAAACGAGACGUGCCCGACGUGCACGGCCGUUCAGUGGUCGAGAUUCCUGGGCAUCGCAAGCGGGGCCCCUCGCUCGGUCUGUGGUUCCGGGGCCAACCUCGACAGAUGAAGGGCCCGUUACCGAAGCAGUGCCGCCAAUGUACGGCCGCGUUUGCUUCCGGUGCGCCUCGCGGGCUCGACUAUGGGAGGGAUGGACCCGCACCCACAGCUUAUAAUGUGAAGGGCAUCGACUGGAACGCUUCUGGUACGGCCAAGCUCCAUGGCGGCGGUCGCAGGAAAGAUCGCGACAAUGGCGUUCCUGGACCAGGAUCAUUUAACUUGGCCCACGACUACCACAUCGAGCCGAACCGCAAGCGGGUCAUGGUCGUCUCGGCGGAGCGGUUCGGGCCGGGCGGGCCGCUCUACCAGCAUCCAGACGUCCCGGACGAGCCCGGUCCGGGCAAUUACGACUACGAGAUGCCGUUUGGCAACUUAUUGAAGCCGACCUACAACGUGGCGAUUGCGGAGCAGUGCCGGGAGCUGGUGUUCUAGGGGCCUAAGUUUCUUACGAC